AUGAAGAUCUUAAAUGAUUUAAAUUUAAAUAUUGAAGAUGAUAAAAAGAAAUUGGAUAUUAAUUAUAUGAAUAAUAUAAUAGAUAAAUUAUCUGAAAUAAGUAAUAAUAUAAGAAAUAAAAUAAAUUUAAAUCUUUUAAACUCAUUAACAUUAAUUCAAAAGAAUACAACAAAAUUACAAUCUAUUGAUAGCCAUAUCUCACAAAAUUUAAUUAUAAUUUCAAAUUGUAGAUUAAAAAUAAAAGAUUCUACUGAUAAAGUUAAUCAACCAAUUAAUAUUAUAAUAAAAUAUGCAUUAUAUAAUCGUAUUAGUGAAAUUAUUUUUAAUAUAAAGAUAAUAAAAUCAAUAUAUUGUAUUAUUUUAUCUAUGGAAAUAUUAAAUAAUAAUAAUAGAAAUGAAUUAUAUAACUUAUUACAUUCUAUUAUUCAGGUUUUAAUUUUAAAUAAAAGAUAUAAUUCUACACAAUUUUUAAGGAAUGAUGUUAAAAUAUAUAUAUUUCAAUAUAUAAGAUUUAUUAAAAAAUAUUCAAUAAUAUUUAAUAGAUAUAUAUCUUUAACUGAAGAUUCAUAUAACAAAACAAAAUAUUCAAUAAAUACAUAUAUAGAAUCAGUAAUGAAAUUAGAUUUAAAUGAGAAUAUAUGGUAUAAAAUUGAUCAUAAAUUUAUACGUUUAGUACUACAUUUUAUUUGUACCAGUUACAUUCUAUCUUAUUUAAAAAGUGGUCAAUAUGAGGCAAUUAAGAAAUGUACUUUAGAUAUUAAGGAAAUUCCAAAAUUAUUAAUAUAUGAGAUUAAUAAAUAUAUUGAAGAUCAAGAUAAAUUGAAUAAUAAUAUAUUUAGAAAAAUAAUUGAAUGGUUUUUAAGACAGUUUAAAUAUUGUGAAGUAAUUAUAUUAAAUUAUAAAGAUGAUGAAAGUAAUAUAUUAUUUGAAACUUUAUAUAAUACUAGUUGUACUAUUAAUACAAAAUUUCCAAAAUUAAAAAGAAUAAUAUUUGAUAAAAUAUAUGAGCUAGAGCUUAAUAAUAGAGAUUGUGAAAAUUUAUAUCUUACUAUUUUGCAUAAUGAGCUCAGAGAUAUUGUUUUACAAGAAUUAAAGGAAUAUAGAAAUUUUUUGUCUAAGUAUAAUAAUAAUUUUAUCUAUAGUUAA